AUGGUAAGUGAUACUCUCUGCGUAUCGACGGACGCCUGCUUACCUGCUUCAAGGAGAGCCCACACGAGCACCAACAAAGCCAGCUGCUGGCGCGCAUCAUCACCAACGUUGUCAGAGAAGCUCAAUGAAGCCAUCACGGUGUUGAAUAAAGGACUCCAGGAGGUCAACGUACAGAACAUGAACGUCGAGCUGGUCGCGCAGAUGUUCAAGAAUUACCAGUCGAACGUCCUCUUUCAUCUUGAAGCUACCGAGAACUUGAAGGACCCCUCAUAG